AUGAUAUUUUUUUUUGAUCACGCUGCUGGACCCUGUGACCAUCGUACUGGACAAUGUCCUUGCUUACCGCAUGUGGUUGGUAAUCUUUGUGACACUUGUGAAGAAAAUCAUUGGCGUAUUGCGAGUGGUCAAGGCUGUGAUCCAUGUGAAUGUGAUGCUGUUGGAAGUGUUUCUGACAAAUGUAAUCCAUUCGAUGGGACUUGUGAAUGUCGACCAGGUUUUGGUGGACGGCGUUGUAAUGAAUGCCAAGCCAACUACUGGGGAAAUCCGAAUAUCCAGUGUCAGCCAUGUGACUGUGAUGACAUUGGAUCAUCAAGUCCUCAAUGUGACCGUGAAACUGGUCACUGUGUCUGCCACAAAGGUAUAGGAGGCGAGAAAUGUGAUCAAUGUGACCGUAGUUACAUUGGUACAGCACCCAAUUGCAGUCCGUGUGGCGAAUGUUUCGAUAAUUGGGACUUGAUACUUGAUGGAUUGAAAAAUACAACCAAUGCGGUGAUCCAAGAAGCAUCGAGAAUCCAAAAAGUCGGCACAACUGGUGUUUACAGUCAGCAGUUUGACGCAAUGCUCGAAUCACUUGACCAAGUUCGCUCGUUGAUUGACAAAACCACAGUGAGAUCGCAGGAUCUUGAUGAAUUGGAGGGGCUGGCCGAAAAUUUGAAAACUAAUGUUUCGUCAUCGGGUAAUGAACUUGAAGAUGUUAAAAAUCAGCUGGAGAACGUCAGCCAGCGGGUUAAUUUAGGUGAUGUCGCACUGAAGAAGUUAAAGAACCGCACGAAUAAUUUACAUCAGGGUGCGGCUUUAUUGAAAGAGGAGGCAAUGAGACUACAGGAAGCUAAUGUUCAAGGAGCAUUGAAUGUCACCCAGCAAAUGGCUGAGCAGUCAAGACAAGCUGAGAAAAUGGCCAAUGAGACCACUAGUGUUCUUUCUGAUGCCGAGAGAUAUAGGAAGAAUACUGAAAGUCUCUUGGCGAAGAAUCGUGCUACUGUUGAAGAUGCUCAGGGACGCAGUCAGGAGUCUGUCACCAGAUUAAAUGACAAAUUGAUUAAUUUAGAAAAUGAUAUUCCAGGAUUGAAUCUUGGGAUGUGCGGAGACAAUGUUACUGAGUGUAGCAAUGUUUGUGGUGGUGCUGGUUGUGGGUCUUGCGGAGGUAUUUCUUGCGAUGCCGGAGCUGUUAGCAAAGCUAAUCAAGCACUUGAUGUUGCUAAGAAACAAGCUGACAAAAUUAAAAGCCAUAAAGAUUCUGCAGAACAACUUUUGCGUACGAUGAUGGAUAUUAAACAAGAUGCAGUGACAGCCAGAUCAAACGCACAAGAUGCAUUUAAUUAUGCGUAUGACGCAAGAAACAAAUCAGAUAAACUGUUGAAAAAUUUAACCGACAUAAAUGAAAAAAUAUGGAUGAUAUUGAAUGAUGAUCAGCCGACUCCAGUUAUGGUUAGAGAUUUAGCUGAAGAAGUACUAAACAAACAGAUGAAUUUAAAACCCGAAGCAAUUGAAAGCCUAGCUGCUGAUAUCGACAAAAUAGUGGGAUCAUUAACUGAUUCUGAUAAAAUAUUGAGUGAUACUGCUUCGGAUUUGAGAAGGGCCCAGAAUUUAGAAGACCAAGCUAAUCGUGCUAAAGAAUUAGCUAUUGAAAAACAAACUCAAGCUGGCAAGGUUGUUUCAUUAUUGGGAGAGACUCAAAAAGCACAGCUUGAAGCAGCCUCAGCAAUAGAAAAAGCUGAAAUAGAUAUUGGAUUAUCCAAAAAAGACCUAGAAGCUGUAGCUGAAGUAACAGCAGAGGCAAGACAAAAAGCUGGUAACACUACAGCGGCUGUUGAAGCACUUGAAGCGCGAUUGAAACAUCUACAAACUCAAUCUGUUAAAAAUGAUUUUGUUUUGAAUCAAGAAGUACGUAAAGAACUACGUAAGUUAGCUGAAGAUGCUAGAUUAGUUAAGGAGAAGACAGAAAAACUUGGAAUGGAGUACAAAAACGCUGGCGAUUCAUUGACGUACCGCGUUACCAAGAGCAAAGGCGACAUUCAACGUGCCAAAAAAUUGCUGCAACGUGCUUCUGAACUUACUGCUGAUACAACCACCAAAUUCAAAGAUCUUGAUGGUAUGGAAAGCGUUUAUAGAGAUAAUGACAGGCUUCUUGGCGAUCUGAUGGCUGAAGUUGACUCACUCAACACCGUAAUGGUACAGCAGUUGGCUGAAAUAGAACAAAAAGCUCAGAGUUAUCGGCAAUGUUCGACUUAG